AUGAUCCUCCCAAGAGGAGAAGAAUUCCCGUGGUCACCGUUUGCUUGUUCCGCAGCUGCAGAAGGUGGUCAUCUACACAUUCUGAAUUGGGCCCACAAGAAUGGAUGCCCCUGGGAUGAGCUCACAUGUUUGGCUGCUGCAGAACAUGGUCAUCUGGAAGUUCUCAAGUUUGCAAGAGAGAAUGGGUGUCCUUGGGAUGGCAAUGCAAGUUCUAAGGCUGCUGUAAAUGGUCACUUUGACCUGUUGAAGUGGGCUCAUGAGAAUGGUUGCCCAUGGGAUUCAUGGACAUGCCAAUCUGCUGCCAAGGGUGGUCAUCUAGGCAUUCUCAAAUGGGCACAUGAGAAUGGCUGUCCAUGGAUUGCAAACACUUGCUCUGCAGCUGCUAGCGGUGGUUACUUGGAAAUCCUCAAGUGGGCUAGGGAGAAUGAUUGCCCAUGGGAUUUGACGACAUGCACUGCUGCAGCAAGAUGGGGUCAUUUGGGAAUUCUCAUAUGGGUCCAUGAGAACGGAUGUUCUUGGGGUGAUUCGGUUUGUUACUCUGCUGCUGUUGGUGGACAUCUUGAGGUACUAAAGUGGUUGCAUCAGAACAACUGUCCAUGGGAUGUAUGGACAUGCCGCGGUGCCGCAAGAGGUGGCCAUUUGGAACUCCUCACGUGGGCUCGUGAACAUGAAUGCCCUUGGGAUAUGAUGACAUGUUCAGAAGCAGCCACAGAUGGCCACUUGAACAUCAUCAAAUGGGCACAUGAGAAUGGAUGCGAAUGGGAUAGCAGCACAUGUUCGAAUGCUGCUGGCGGUGGUCAUUUUGAUGUUCUUCAAUGGGCUCAUGGAAACGGAUGCCCUUGGGAUAGCUGGGUGUGCGCAAUGGCUGCUGGAGGAGGGCAUUUAAAGAUCCUAAAAUGGGCUCGCGCAAAUGGAUGUCCAUGGGAUAGAUCUGCAAGGGUGAAUGCUGCAGAAAUGGGCCAGAUGGAAACUCUUGAAUGGGCUCGUGAGAAUGGAUGCCCAGAGUAA